GGCCUGCAUUACACAUUUUCGACAGAAAACAAUCAGUAUGACAGGCAUGUAAAAUGGCUUCAUCAAUGCUCAGAAAUUUUUUGUUUAUGUUGAUAUUUAUUCGGUUUUCCUCAGAUAUCGUCUGCCAAGAUCAGCUAUCACUUAAAGAGUCCUCAGAAGAUGACGACGAUUACAGCGAUGACAGCUUUCAAUCUAAUGAUGAUUUCCUGGAUCGACAGAAUCAAGUGAACUUUUUAACAACGAAGACCUAUGAGUGCCAUUCUUGUGAUGCUCCCGAUUGUGCCAUUCAAACUGUUUGCCACAAUGCUGUCCAAUGUUGGAAGUCCCGAGUUCGAGAAAGUACAGGUGCCGAGAGUAUUUCGAGGGGUUGCACUACCCAAUCCGAGCAAGUGAUAUUCAUGUGUAAAACACCAUCGUUCACGGCGCAACACAAAAGACACGCAAGUGGCCAAUACCGAGUCGAAUGCUGUGAAGGUGAUUUUUGCAAUAAUGGUACGUUUCCCGAUUUGCCAGCCCCUUACAAAGAGGCUUUCAUAGAAGUGUCUGGUUCAGUCCUCUUCGGCUUAAAGAUGGUCGCAGCCAUUGUAGGGCCAUUGGGCGUUCUAGCGAUCGUUGGAUUUAUUUCCCUAACCUUACUGAAAAAAUGGCAUCAGAAUCGGUUACUUCGUGAGACUAGGUUGAAUCCGGAGCAAUACUAUGCUACAGAUGAACUACUACGGGCUACUGCAGCAGGCGACAGCACUCUUCGAGAGUACUUGGAACAGUCGAUGACAUCGGGAAGUGGAUCCGGACUGCCCCUUCUGAUACAGCGCACUAUGGCGAAGCAAAUUUCUCUGAUAGAGUGCAUCGGGAAGGGCAGAUUUGGAGAAGUGUGGAGAGGACAGUGGCACAACGAGAACGUCGCUGUUAAAAUUUUCUUUUCUCGAGACGAGGCCAGCUGGAACAGGGAAACUGAAAUUUACAGUACUAUUCUGCUGCAUCACGAUAACGUGCUCGGCUAUAUCGGCUCAGAUAUGACGUCGCGCAAUUCCUGUACACAACUAUGGCUCAUAACGCACUAUCAUGCGCUGGGCAGCCUCUACGAUUACCUGAAUCACACCACUCUAACACAUGCCCAAUUAAUGAGGAUAUGUUUGUCUAUUGCUACCGGUCUGGUGCAUUUGCAUACAGAAAUUUUCGGAACCCAAGGACGAAAACCCGCAAUUGCACAUCGCGACAUCAAGACAAAAAAUAUCCUGGUUAAAACAAACGGCAUCUGCUGCAUCGCUGAUUUUGGUCUUGCCGUUACUCACACUCAAGCUACCAACACCCUUGAUAUCGGAUCGAAUCCCAAAGUGGGCACCAAAAGAUAUAUGCCUCCUGAAGUUCUGGAUGAAACUAUCCGGAUGGAAGUAUUCGAAUCCUUCAAGCGAGCAGACGUAUAUUCUUUUGGAUUAGUGCUAUGGGAAAUCUGCAGAAGGGUGGUGAGUAAUGGUAUUGUGGAGGAAUACAAGCCGCCCUUUUACGAUGUGGUGCCGAGCGAUCCAAGCUUUGAAGAUAUGAGGAAAGUCGUCUGCGUCGAUCAGCAACGGCCCAGCAUACCAAACCGAUGGACCAGUGACUUGGUUUUGUGUGGCAUGUCCAAACUAAUGAAAGAAUGUUGGAGCCGUAACAGUAACGCCCGGCUUCCAGCUUUAAGGAUUAAGAAAACCUUAGUCAAAUUGACGGCAAUUGAACAUCUACCAAUUAUAGAAGAUAUUGAGAUGUGCGUCUGAUGUAACAUGAAAGAAGCACUGAAAGUCGUAAGUGUAACACUGGUGAACUAGAGUUUGGGUUAGUAAAUAGUAAAUAAACGACUUCCAUAGACUGGGCUUCCUCUCGGCGAAAAAACAGCUCAAAAUGAGUGAAUUUUUCGUGAAAAAUUGCAAGUAUUGAGGAUUUGUGGAAGUUAUUGUACAAAGUUGAUCAUGUUAUGAGUUGGCGUGGAAAUGUUUACAAGACAUCCUAAUUUGCUCAUUAAACACGGUAGUUUAUUAGCAGAUUUACUCUCGUUUAAUAAUUUCCCUUACAUUAUUAGCGUACUGUGUACAUCACUGCCUGAUAUUCAAAUAAUAGUUAUUUGUUUUUAGUGCCAUUGUUAAUUUGCAAUAUUAAUUUAAUUAUAAACCGCAUGAGCGUUUGGUGAAUGACGAAACUGUGUUCAUAAUCAGUGAGACAUAGAUUAACAGAAAUUAAUUUUUCUAUUUAAAGGGUAAGAUACUAUUUGUAAGUAGUGGAAGCGCUGUUUUAAGCAAAUGACAAAACUAUGGGAGUAUGAGCAUUUAUCUAACUGCCUUGAAUACUGUCAUUGACGGAAAUGCUACAAAUUUGGCAAAGGUAUUUUGUUGACGAAAAAUGCAUGUAUUUGGAAGAGAAGAACACUCCACAUAACAUUCAAACGAGUGCAUCCGCGACUUCUUUUUCCUCUAGAGCAAUUUCAUGUUCAGAACUAAUUCAGGAAGAGAAUACAUCGUUUGUACAAUAUGAAUGUGAGCUUUACCUUCUCUCUCAAUUGCUCGUUUCAUUCGUCUUUAACAUGAUGGAUUGGAUGAUAAAGUGAUUUGAUAGUGUGAAUCCCAUCUUUUUGCUAUUUGCUAUUUCCACCCUCGAAAAGUUAAUCGGUUUAAAUAGAGUGAGAACAUAAAAAUUCUGUUAUUGAGAACCAGCUUUAAUUCACGUUAAUUAUAUAACUAAAUAAGCAACAAUGUUACUUUUUUACGGUAACUGGGGCUUGUAGGACGUGUGAAGUCGUCGUUCCAACGAUCCUGAUGCUGACGCGCACUCUUUCAGAUUAUUUACUUAAUUCGUUUUAGAUUUAGUAAGCAUGAGACGUAAUUCUAAGUGCCAAAAAAUUAAAACUCUGCCUACAAUUCUACAUUGUAGAGAUAAUUGACAAUCAUGUAGAUACAUGUAGUAAUGUUGAAACCUAUUCUAAGUCACUCGCUUUACGUGUAAGUUAUGUUCUUGUUGCCACUUUCGUUGUACGUUGUUCUGAACAGCAAUUGUGUUUUCCCACGUUCUGAAGGAAACCUUUGGAAGAUAUUCAAGAUGGUUCGUAAACGACUUCACUUGCAACCAACUGCUUUGUUUCUUGGACAUAUGUCCGAGAAACAAAGUAUUGAAUUGUUAGUUACUCUAACAAAAUACUCAAAUUAGCCAUAAUCUAUAUUUUACUAUAAAAAAGAAAAUAAAAAGUAAUAAGUUGCUAGUGGUAAGUUUAUAACCUGUACAUGUCGUGUAUUAUAUCGAUAUUCAUAUCUUUUAAUUCAAUCAAAUCGGAGUCUGUUUUGGACUGUUUAGAGCGGAUUUUCGGUUUCAAUAUGCAAUUACUAUUGGAACUGUCAUGUAUAUUGCCCAAACUAUAGGCCAAUCGAAACUGAAGCAAAAUCAUCCUGUAUGAGUAAGACCGAUUUCGAGUUCUUUUAUAUUUAGGUAACGUAUUCAUAUCAAUUUAUUUAUCAAUUACAAAUUCUAGAAAAUAUUUUUCAUUGUCUUUAUUAUAAGGAUAUUUCGUUCAUCUGUUCAUCAUUCGUUAUUGUAUCUGAUAAUUACUUAAGCAAUAUAUUUAGUUUAGAAGUU